CUUUUGUCUAGGGUUUCGAUGGAAAUCUCUCAAAGAAUUUAUUUGACACAACGCAUUUUACCAAAUCAAAGGGUAAUCCAGCAUCUCUGAUGGGUAAAAAUCCUUCACCUUGGAUGAAGUGUAAGUGCCACCAUUUUUAAUCAUGGUAUUUAUUACAUUUGCCGCUAUUUAUUUUGUUGGUUAUACUGUCAAAGCUAAAUUUGAAACGUCACUAAUUGAAGGAAUUAAUGAACAAAAUUUCUCGUAUAAUCUACCAUGUAAUCUAUAAAAAAGUUGAGGAAAUGAAGAAUAGAGACAUCGAUUCCAUCAUAGCGCAUUUGCGUUCGUGCGGAACGCAGGCAAAUUCCGAUUUUAAUUUACUGGAACGUGAAAUGCAGAGUCUAUGCGAGAAUUGCAUUAAUACGCUUAUGUCACAACCGAUGCUGUUAAAAAUCGAAACUCCCGUUGCGAUUUGUGGCGAUAUUCACGGUCACUUUCAGGAGCUGUUACGCAUUUUCGAGCGUGGAGGAUUCCCCCCAACGAUCACGUAUUUAUUUUUGGGAGACUACGUGGAUCGCGGUAAAAAGUCAUUGGAAACUAUUUGCUUGUUGUUGGCUUACAAACUCAGGUAUCCCAACCAGUUCUUUCUCUUAAGGGGAAACCACGAAUGCAAGUCUAUUAACUAUCGUUACGGAUUUUACGAGGAAUGCGUAGACAGAUACAGUGCUCGGCUAUGGAGAAGCUUUAACAAGUGCUUCAAUUUUUUACCAGUUGCGGCAAUAGUGGGUAAAAAAAUUUUCUGCUGUCACGGAGGUUUAAGUCCGCACUUAAAAAAGAUGGAACAAAUCGAGAAGAUAUGCCGACCCACCAUUGUACCAAGAAAGGGCCUGCUAUGCGAUUUAUUAUGGUCCGAUCCCAGUAAAAAAAGCGGUUGGCGUCCAAAUCCUCGGGGACUAGGUGUGCUUUUCGGCGAAGACGUCGUCUACGAAUUUGUUCGGAAACAGAACUUAAAAUUGAUUGUUAGAGCACACGAGGUAUGCAAAGAUGGUUUUAAACUUUUUGCAAAUGACACGUUAAUCACCAUCUUCAGUGUUUCCAAUUAUUGUGGCAUGAGCAAUGAUGGCGCCAUUGUCUUUGUUAAUGAAAAUUUCAUGUGCACCUUCAAAAUAUUAAAGUGUAAGAGAAAAUAAAACAAACUACUGGUGGUUGCGAUGUGUACUGCUUUGUAAGUUUAUUUACUUAUUGAACAUAGUAGACAUCAGAACAAUAUACAGAGUGCGACGACUAUUAUGGGAAUGCCUUGUUUCGUAUAAUCAAACAGUUUGGAGAUGCGCUUUUUUUUUUUAAAUAUUCCUACAGCCACUACUAUACAAGGUGUAGAAUUGGUUUACGCACCAUAGGUAUUUCGAUGGUAAUUCUCUGUAUAUUGAAAUAUUCUCUCCCCUAAUUAUUUUAAGUUGUACCUAAUUUUUUUGUAAAUUGUAAAAUUCUGCGUCUAUUCAUGUACCCAUUUGUAAUUUUUUUGUUGUAGGAAAUUUCCGGUUUCCCGAAUUAAUAAACCGAUACAACGGAAUAUCAAAGGAUCCUCAAUAUUACCAUCACUUUUUUAAUGACCUUUUAUGUUAAGGUUGCAAAAUUCAUGUGGUCGCCAAAAAUGCAUUAAAUUUAUGUCUUGGGCAUUGAGAUAAUACUCUCAGUGCCGGUAUUUCCAUCUCGGGAUAAAGUCAAGUAUAAGAUAUCUUCCAGGUAAACCGACAGUUAGCGUCGCUUCGGGUAUUUCGAACCUCGUUUAAAUAUUAUGGGCAGGAUAAGUUCUAGAUAAAGUUAUUGGGUAGAUUUUCUACAGUUAUCAACAUAACCCCAGGAUAUUGCGUCAAAUUUCCAGUAAACUGGUGACGUUUUAAAAAUUUGCGAAAUUACCAACCGUACCUAUACUAAAUAGGAAGAAAGAAAUUGAAGUAUGGAAGUAGAAGUACGCAAAUACAUACUAUGUUUUCUUGAAGGAUAUAGAUGUGCUGAAAUUAGCCUUUUCUUUCUACGCGGUGCAUUUACAUCACGAUUUUGGUUCAUGUUCAGAGUACUCAUAAGUAAAGCUUAUUCUGUAAUUUACGUUUGACAAGUAUAUUACAAGCAUUGAACUAUAUACUCUGUAACUGGAACGGCAUCACCCGUAAUCAGACGUUGCCAGGGGCCGUGGCGAAUUUUUGUGAGAGAGAGAUGGGUAGAGGUAGGUAUCCCUUACCUUGU